AAGCCCCGCCGCCCCCGCCAGAGCCGGCUUUCUGCAGGCAGCGGGCACCGGCCGGCGGCGCGCAUGGAUUUAUGAAAACACUCAUGCAAGACGCUGGCAGCGCCGGGGAAACGUCUCCACGGGCUCGGAUUCCGCCGCUCCGCGCGCCGCGUCUCCUCUCCCCUGCUCGCCCGGCUGCCGCCGCUGCCCGCGAUGCUGGCCGGGCUGCUGGGCGGCGGCGGCGGGGCCCGCGCGGGGACGGCGCCGGGCCCCUGGCUGUGCCUGAUGGCGCUGCUGCAGCUGCUGGGCUCCGCGCCGCGGGGCUCGGGGCUGGCGCACGGCCGCCGCCUCAUCUGCUGGCAGGCGCUGCUGCAGUGCCAGGGCGAGCCGGAGUGCAGCUACGCCUACAGCCAGUACGCCGAGGCGUGCGCGCCCGUGCUGGCCCCGCGCGGCGGCGGCGACUCCCCGGGGCCCGGAGCGGCCGCCGCGUUCCCGGCCUCGGCCGCCGCCUUCUCGACGCGCUGGCGCUGCCCGAGCCACUGCAUCGCGGCGCUCAUCCAGCUCAACCACACGCGCCGCGGGCCCGCGCUGGAGGACUGUGACUGCGCGCAGGACGAGAGCUGCAAGUCCACCAAGCGCGCCAUCGAGCCCUGCCUGCCGCGGACGAGCGGCGCGGGCGCGGGCGGCGCGGGCGCGGGCGGGGUCAUGGGCUGCACCGAGGCCCGGCGGCGCUGCGACCGCGACAGCCGCUGCAACCUGGCGCUCAGCCGCUACCUGACCUACUGCGGCAAGCUCUUCAACGGGCUGCGCUGCACCGACGAGUGCCGCGCGGUCAUCGAGGACAUGCUGGCCGUGCCCAAGGCGGCGCUGCUCAACGACUGCGUGUGCGACGGCCUCGAGCGGCCCAUCUGCGAGUCGGUCAAGGAGAACAUGGCCCGCCUGUGCUUCGGCGCGGAGCUGGGCCACGGCCCGGGCAGCAGCGGCUCCGACGGGGGCCUGGACGACUACUACGACGAGGAGUACGACGAGGAGCAGCGCGCGGGGGGCGCGGGCGGCGAGCAGCCCCUGGAGGACGACGAGGGCGCCCCGCAUCCGCCGCGCCCGGGCGGCGGCACUGCCACGGCGGGGGGCCGCGGGGACCCGCCUCACGGGCCCGGGCGCAGAAGCAGCGGCGGCCGCCGCUCGACGCCCCGAGACUCUUGGGCUCCGCUCGCCUCCAUCUUGCUGCUGCUCCCGCAGCUCUUCUAGCCCUCGAGCCCCCCGCCAUUGUUGGCGGGAGGGCUCUGAGCCGGGCACCUGUGGCUCGGGGGCCGGGGGCGGCUGGGGACACGCUGCCCGAGGGAGCCCUGCCUGGCCGGUGUCCUCACCUUGACUCCAGGCAUUCACCCGUUUCCUCUCCCCGGCACGACGUCUUGAACAGGCUCCCGGCCCCCAUUCCAGGCUCCGGAAUAUCCCCACUCGGCUGGCCGCCGCCCCCCCCCACCCCCCGCCCCAAGUUUAGCUGGAAUUCGGGACGCCGGGGAUGACGCGGGAUGGGGGCCCAGAAACGUAGUGUGGACUCUGAAGAGAGCGCGCAGAUCAGUGGGGCCGGGACUGUUAACAGGAACUGGGCAUGGGACUGGGGUGUGAAGGAUCAUUUCACAUUUGCAAAAAAAGACUGUUUCUUAGCAUUUUUCCUUGGGGGGAUGAGUGGGGCGGGGUGCGGGGAGGGGGGGUCAGGUAGCGACUUUUAUUGUGGCCAGUGAGGACAUUGCAAUCCUAAGUACACGGAAAAGUCACACUUGACGAUGCAUUAUUUAGUGUUGGUAUCUGCGCCCAGAAUUCUGUUUGGGGUGUGAGUCAUGAGUUAGUUUUGGAUAACUUUGAGCCCUUGACCUUAAUUUCAUUGCCACCACUCUGAUCUCUUAGCACAUUUCUUAAUUGCACAUUUUUUGAGGAUUAAGGGUCAAAAAUGCUAAUUUAAAGAGUUGCUGGGUGUUGAAGAAUGCAACUUUAUAUUUAAAAGUGCUCUGCACUGCCACUACAAAAGCCUCUUUAUGUUUGUUUUGUUGUCAUUUUUGUUCUUUACACCAAGAAAUUGUAUACAAAUAUGCAGAGAAAGUAUAUUACCUCUGCUUUUAUCAGGGUGCUACACCCUGGUACUUCAUAUAUAGAGUGUAUUAAAACUGGGGUUUGUUACCAGUUGCUGUACUUUGUAUAUAGAAUUUUUAUAAAUUGUAUGCUUCAGAUAUAAUUUAUUUUUAAAAAGAAAUUUAAAAAUUAUAUCCGCAUCCAUGUUACACUCCGUUUAUCACCAGGGAUCCAAACCCACAGUCCAUUGUGAAGUGUGCUCUACCUAGAAUAGUCUUAAAAUGUACAGUGUAUUUUAUAGAUUUGAAGUUAACAUUCUUAUUGUCAAGAGAAUUUAUGGACAUUGUAGAAAUGUAUAAUGCAUUUCCAAACUGCCUUAAACAUUGUAUUUUUAUAGACCUUUUUUUUUUAAAAAAAAAAUCCUGUUUUAAGUAACUAUGCUUUCUGUGUUUUUAUUUUUUUUUGUCUUAUUAAAAUAUGUACAUCAGUAAAGAGUUUUAAAUAAGGAAUAUGGCGUAGUUAUUUUCCAGAGUUACAUUGUGGUUAACCCAAUCAUGGGCAAGGAGGGAGGAGGAGGAGUGGUCACUGGGAAUCUAUCAACCAUCAACAGAAAUCAAAAUACAGCACAAAACAAAUGAGGGCUAUUACUUCUGCCUUUAAUUUAAUGAACGAUUAGACAUCUGUAAAUGAGGCAAAUAAAAGAUGUAAUUGACAAACCUCGAUGGUUUUCACAUUUGUGGAGGGAAUUCAUGAAAUAGUGUCCCAUCUAGGUAACCUGGGGAGAGCUUAGCUACCUCCUUACCUUCUCACUCUCCACUCAGACCCUCCAAAACCCCACCCCCAGGAGUGUCCUCUCUGACUACCACACAUUCUCAUCCACUCAAACUUGCCAAUAACAUCUGUUACCAAUAGGUCUUAGGAGACUGAUACUUCAAAGUCGUUUUCACACUUUGGGUGAAGAAGUAUAAAAUUUUGUUACAAAACAUCCAGGCGGGCAAAAGUAAACACACUGGGGAAAGGAACAAUUACCAGAACUUGUAAUAUUGUUGUGAGGCGUUGUUUAGCAGUGGGCUGAAGGCUGGGUUCCUGCCAGAGCUACUGAUCUACACUCAAACGCCCUUAGAUAAAUAAUUACACUCUUAAGCUGUGUCGAGUGCUGAUACACUUGACCUUGUAAAUAGAAAUGUUUGCAGUAGGAAUAAACUCCGGCAUUGGAAAAUCUUUUAAACAUUAACACAAAAGAGAGUGCUCUGUCCUCUGGGGAUUUGAGUCUGAACCUCGCCAAGCUAGGCACUUGCAAGGGGGGAAAAAGUUUAUUUAUCUUCUAUUCCUGGUGUUUAUUUAAAGCUUUUCAUUUUAAACGCGGUGAUUGGAAGGCAAGUCAGGAGUUUAAAAGUCACCACAAAUAAACUUUGUCUGAGGGGUCGACAGAUUAGCAAGAUCUCGUGUCUCUUUAUUUGAUAUUAACAUGUGCUGAGAAAACACAACCAGAUUUCUCUGCUGCCUGAAGUAAUUAACAAAGCUACACUCCCCCCACCCCCCCUUUCCAACUUCCUCCCACCCACUCUCACCCCCCCUAUGUUGGGCAGUUUUCUUUUCCUCCAGCUUUUGGGGAGGAAUUAGAGGCACUUGUUGGAUCUAAAACCAAGAUUCAUGUAUGUAUAACAACAGAAAGUUUGAGAUAGCUGUAGGGCUGGACAAGCCUAGGAGAGCGGUGUGUGGCUGGAAUCCCCAGUCACCUGAAUGGUUGAGUAAACAUAUUGUUAAAACAAAGCUGAAAGCGUUGUUUCUUUGCAAAGUGAACAAAGAGUAUUCCAAGAGACUUGUAAAUGAAAUCAGUUUUCUUUACAAAAUGAUGAGUUAGCAAAGCUCCUGUGUUUGGUCUUACAAAUAUUUAAAUCAUCUUCAUCUCAUGUUAUUUUAACACAUUCUUCACUAAAAGUUGUCUUUGUCCCAGUAAAUGGCCCAGUUUUCCCCAGUAAGAAGUAAAGGGCAUUAGCACUAGAAAAGGCCUGAUAAUUAACUGCUACAAUAAACUCAGGACUUGAUUUUACAGGGUCCUGUCAAAAGCAUCUGCCUGGAAUAAAUCAACACAACUCGCUUUUGGGGAGAGAGGACACGGGGCUUUCUGCUUUCUUCCUGGAAGAAAGUGAACAUAGAUUGGUGGUCCAUUUUAAUUUAAACAGUUCUAUGCCAGUGCCCAGGAGCCUCCUUGUCCCUUUUGCAGACCUAGUGGAUUCCGGAACAGGUGGCUGAGAUGUUAGGAACUUGGGUUGUUGGCUAUGGGGUUGGAUGUUGCUAGCUGAUCCCAGGCAAAAGGAUUUUUACAGAUGUUGGCAUUUGUAAUAGCUCACCCUUCUCUGGGGGAACCUUUUGGACUUUUGGAUAUUUCUGACACUUUCUAAUGUCUGGUGGAACAUGCCUGGAAGUACUACUACUGAAAGAAAAGACAUCUCUGGCUGUUUCUGAAGAUUCUUGAGCAGUGGCACAUGGCUAAACGAAGUCUU